AUGAGUAACAGUUUUUACCAUAAGAUCGUCGUCGUUGGAGCGUUGGUGCAGCUGAUUACUCUAUUGCCACCCGCUGGAGCAGUCCGUUACGUGCCAAAGUGGAAGAAGCAGGCAUGUGAACUACCGACCCCACAAAACGAGUACUCACAUUACGUAUGCGACGAUAAUGGAGACGUCAAAUGUCUACCAGGAUGGGCAGGUGAUCUUUGCGAUGUUCCAAUCUGCAAAAAAGGUUGCGAUCCGCUACAAGGGUACUGCAAACGACCCGGUGAAUGUCGCUGCAAGCUUGGAUUUUACGGUGAAAAUUGUAAUCGAUGCAUCCCGCUGCCUGGUUGCCAGCAUGGUGGCUGUCAGGUGUCAUUUGAAUGCGUUUGCCACAAGGGAUGGGAUGGAAUUUUCUGCUCAGAACCUGUUUGCCGAUCAGAUUGUCAUCCAUCACGCGGCUACUGUGAGGCACCGGGCGAGUGUCGCUGUCGGUUAGGUUGGGCUGGACCUACUUGUCGAGACUGCCAGGUGCUUCCAGGGUGUAUGCAUGGAACAUGCACCAAACCGUUGGAGUGCAAAUGUCUCCCAGGCUGGACCGGAAUACUAUGUCAAACGCCGAUGUGCGCAGCAAAUUGCAGCCGGGAACAUGGCUAUUGCCGACGGCCGGGUGAGUGCCGUUGUAAGGUAGGCUGGAUGGGACAGGAUUGUAGUAAAUGUCACCCGUAUCCAGGAUGCGUCAAUGGCGACUGUCGACGACCGUGGGAAUGCAACUGUAAACCUGGCUGGGGAGGCAUGUUGUGUGACGAAGAACUAAACUAUUGCGAAAAGAAUCCUGAGACUUGCAAAAACGAUGGAAGAUGCAAAUCGGUGUCCAAGGAUGAUGGUUUCUAUCGGUGUGAAUGUUCCUCCGGGAUCAAAGGUCGUAACUGUGAAAUCGUCCCGAUGUCCAUGCUAAAUUCAACCAUGUCUACCACCAUACAACCUAGUUCUACUACAACUGAUGCUUUAAGCAGUGAUACAUCAAUCGAGAUGUCAGCAACCACCAUUGGUAUCGAGAGCCUAGAAACGUAUCGUAAUUCAUCGCAAUUAUCAAGUAAUGAAGAUUAUGUGAACGAUGAGUUCAGUUCAGAAGAUCUAGAUAACGAAGCUUAG